AUUUUCCUUCUCUAUUCACUUCUCACUCUUUUUUCUUUGUAAUCGAAAUUCCCGGGAAAACCGCAAAGCUCGAAGCUUUCGCAGCUCGCAGUAACGACGAAGGAGAUGGUGAUUUUUGCCCCCAAGAAAUGGGGGAUUUUUGGGUUGUGGUGUUGCGUUCUCCUUCUCGCGAUCUGUGCUAGGGUUUGUUCGCCAGUCAGAUCCGACAAGGAAACAAGGGAGAGGUUCUACGGGAACAUGCCCAACUCUUCUGCCCCUGAAUCCAACGAUGGAACCAUUGCCAAGAUGUUUGAUCGCGUUCUCGAGAAGGAGUUCUCUGAGAAUGAACAACCUGAAGGAAAUGAUAAGAGCAGCUUCAAUAGCAGUGUAGCUGAUCAACAGGCUGUGUUGGAGACUGUAGCUAAAAUUACUCAUGAUAAAACGAAGAAAAAUGAUACACAUGAGGGAAAUUUCACAAGACCAUUUCAGCUUCAAGAUGUAUUCUCCCUCGAGAAUGAAGAUUCUGAAGACGUGACAACCUUGAUUGACAAAAAGGACAAUGUCUUUGUGAUGUCAAACAAGAAAUCCAAAUAUCCCGUGCUUCAAGUGGAUUUGAGGCUAAUAUCGGAUUUAGUGGUUCUCAUAGUUUCUGCAGCCAUUGGUGGAAUUAUCUUUUCCUGUUUGGGACAACCGGUUAUUGUGGGCUACCUUCUUGCUGGCUCCCUUAUUGGACCAGGAGGUUUGAAAUUCAUUAGUGAAAUGGUACAGGUUGAAACUGUUGCACAAUUUGGGGUUGUAUUUCUUCUCUUUGCAUUGGGUCUGGAGUUUUCCUUGGCAAAGUUAAAAGCUGUUGGACCUGUUGCUGUUUUAGGAGGUCUUCUUCAAAUUGCUAUUUUCAUGGUUCUUUGUGGCAUUCUUUCCAAGAUAUUUGGAGCCAAAUUGUCUGAAGGUGUUUUCGUUGGCUCAUUUCUCUCCAUGUCAUCCACAGCAGUGGUCAUAAAGUUUUUGGUGGAUCGGAAUACUAAUAAUGCUCUUCAUGUUCAAGUUACCAUUGGGACUCUUAUUUUUCAGGAUUGCACUGUGGGUUUACUAUUUGCGCUGCUUCCAGUUUUGGGUGGCAGCAGUGGUCUUCUACAAGGAUUUUUUUCAAUGGGAAAACUGAUGCUAAUGCUGUCCUUGUAUCUUACUGCUACUUCUGUCGUGUCUUGGUCAUUUGUUCCUCGCUUUCUUAAACUGAUGAUGCAGCUCUCAUCUCAGACAAAUGAACUUUAUCAGCUAGCUGCUGUUGCUUUCUGCUUACUCUCUGCAUGGUGCAGUGAUAAGCUCGGCCUUAGUCUUGAGCUGGGUUCAUUUAUGGCUGGUGUGAUGGUUUCUACAACAGAUUUUGCUCAACAUACUUUGGAUCAGGUGGAACCAAUUCGAAACCUAUUUGCAGCUCUUUUCCUCUCGAGUAUCGGAAUGCUUAUACAUGUGCAAUUUCUUUGGAACCAUGUUGAUAUCUUGCUGGCAUCUGUUAUUCUGGUUAUAGUCGUUAAGACAGCCGUUGUUGCAAUAGUUACAAAGGCAUUUGGAUAUAGCAUUAGAACGUCAUUUCUUGUUGGUAUUUCGCUUGCUCAGAUUGGAGAAUUCGCUUUUGUUCUCCUCAGUCGUGCUUCAAAUCUCAAUCUUGUUGAGGGGAAAAUGUAUCUUCUUCUUCUGGGAACGACGGCUUUCAGUCUGGUUACCACCCCACUACUUUUUAAGUUGAUACCUCUUGUCAUGAAUCUCGGUGUUCUCAUGCGCUGGUUCCCCUCCGAAAAUACCACACCGAACGAGGCAAAAGCUUCAAUGAGCGAAACAGACAGAAUGUUGUGACUAGUGGCUCAUCUCUUUUUCAUUGACCUUAAAUAAUGUAUUGGAGGCAAGCAUCUAUUCUUUGGUGACUAAUGAAAUCAGGAUUUCAAUGUGUUACCCCUCAAGAGCUCCAUGAUAUGAUAAGCUUCACAGACAAACCAUUAUAUUCACUUCCACUAAAACACAGUGGAAGAAGAUUUGAUGUACAUAGGAAUAUAAAUUUUGUAUUCUUUGAGGAAGAUGUAUAUAGGUAAUCACAGGCCAGUCUUGUUUGUUGCUUACACUGAUCUGCUUACAUCAUACCCUGGUUAGCCUAUAUUUGCUGCCAUGAAUUGCUGCAGCUGAAAUGAUUCAACAAAUUGUUUAGAAAAGAAUUCAGCCUGUAACUUUUUUCUGUUUGAAGGUUUUUCUGUAACAUGUAAGGACCCGAAUGAAGAUCUUGGUUAAUAGUUACCGACCAUUAUUUCAAA